AGAAAUUAGGGGCAUCCUUGAUUGUUUUUCAUAUAUCUUUUAUCCUGAACAAACUAAAGAUACUAUCUGAACUAUCGUUCAGCACCAGCUAUACAACUGUUAAUCGUUAGAUAUCUGCUACUUGCCGCAUCUUCGCACUACACAACUUCCCCCAUUAUAGAUCUUCCUAGACAGGAACAUUUAUAAUUUUUAAACCUUGGCUUUCUUUUUUUAAGGACACAGCCCUGCUUAAACAGCGGUAACGUAUAUUAAUUUAUAUAUAUAUAUAACUGCUCGUUAAACCUCGUCGACUUUAACAAAUUUACUUUUGCCUUCUCUUAUUGUCAAAAUGAAUUACAACCUCCACCCGGUGUCAUACUUGAACGCUACAGACAGAAUGGCUGACUCUGAGGCGUCGUCUAACUCUCCAACCACUAGCUCUCAGUCAAGCAACAACUCUCCAAGGUCCUCUUUUACGUCACAGUCAUCUGCUAACUCUCCUUUGGAUAAUAAGGACUUGCAGUACAUCAAGAGAGAAGUCUACAAUGUUAGACCCGAACAAACUGAUAACCUUAUGAAUACCUUUUUCCAACAACAGGAAAAUGAUACAAAUGCUCAUGCUCACUCACAUUCCCUUCCUCACAUUCACCAUCCAGCUAAAAACAGUAGUGAAGAAGAGAAUGACUCUGAAGAAAGUGUUGAACCAGUUCAAAGAGUCAAGAAAACAUACAAGAAAAUUAAGGAAGAAGAUCUCAAGGGACCAUUUAUUUGUCACUGGAAUGAUUGUAAAAACGUUUAUGAAACCCCAGAACUUUUGUAUGAUCAUUUAUGUGAUGAACAUGUUGGUAGAAAGUCCUCUAACAAUUUGUCGCUUACUUGUUAUUGGGAUAAUUGUCUUGUUUCCACUGUCAAGAGAGAUCACAUCACAUCACACCUUCGUGUUCAUGUACCUUUAAAACCUUUCCAUUGUGAUAUUUGUCCAAAGAGUUUUAAAAGACCACAAGAUUUAAAGAAGCACUCCAGAAUUCACGCUGAAGACCACCCAAAGAAAUUGAAGAAAGUCCAAAAGGAAAUGGAAAGAGAAAAUGAAGACUAUGUUAGAAUUCAUCUUAACCAGAAGAAUAACAUUCAUCAUCCUAUCAACUUCCCUCCAUACCAAGAUUUCCACAAUCACACCAGUGACUUGGGCUUAUACCAACAACGUACUUUACAAAAGCCUAUCCAGCAACAAACACCUCCUUAUGACAACUUUCAACACCAUCAUCAACAUGAUAAUCACCACCAAAUCCAGGGUGUUCAUCAACAACACACUUUUGAACAGUUGGAGAACACACGUAAGAGAAGACCCGAGUCUAACUCUCAACACAAUGUCAAUCUCGUUAAUGUGAUUUUGAAUGAUUUCAACUUCCAAAUGAAUAAUAACUCUACUCCUGACUAUGCCAACAAGAAGGUUAAACUUGAGCCACAAUACAAUAUUGAUGUUUUCAAUAGACUUAACCACUUGGAUGAACAUGCGCCAGCAAACCAACAACCACAACAGCCUCAUCAUCAUAAUCAACACUUAAACCAUACACAACAGCCACAACAACAUCAACAUUCUAAUACUGGAUUUGGAGCAGCUCCAUUUGGUUACACUUCUAAUACAAGUCAAAUUCUUGAAGCUGAGAAGUUUUUCAACUCUUUAUCUUCAUCUAUUGAUUUGCAAUACCAUAACAUGGCAUCUGGACAUCCACAACAACAACAACAACAACAACAACAACAACAACAACAACAACAACAACAACAACAGCAGCAGCAGCAGCAGCAGCAGCAACAACAACAACACCAACAACAACACCAAAAUUCUUUGUACCCUACCAUGCCAGCACAAAACCAACCUCCAAGACCAGCAAUGGAUAACUCUGUAUUGAAUUCAACAGGAUUUUCUUCUAACUAUCCACAAUACGAUAGACCUGCCGGAUUCCUGCAACCUGCUCCAGUUUCCAUGGAGUUUGGUGGAGUUUCUACAUAUCAAAGAAAGGGUAAGCCUUUGCAAAAGGAUACUGAAGUUGAUGAGGAAGAGACUCUUUCUAAGUUUGGAAAGUUAUCUUUGGACGCAAAUGAUUCUGAAAUGACUUUGGAAAGUGUUAGUAGACAUCGUGAGUUGAUUCGCUUAGUUGUUGAAUAUUUGGCAUCCUUAAAGAAUGAAAAGGAGAUUGACAAUGAGAAGAAGCCGCAGGAAGAUUCUAGGAAAUUGUAUCCUAGCAUCACGGCAUUUUGAAUAUUUGCAAGUUGGUUAUAAUAUUGGAUUACUGGAUUUUAUUUUAUUUCGUUAUUUAUGUACAUUACAUUAUUUGAUUAUUUACAAAGUUUUGGAAGA